GUGAUGCAAUGUGAAGGUGGUGUCACGCUGAGUCACUGCUACAACAUCCAGUAGCGAAACCUGUGAAGCAAGUGUAUAAUUGUUUACAUGAUGCCAGUGAAUGUAUUACUCCUCAUGCACUGCAAACGCACAUAAAGACGUGAAGUGAAUACCCCAAAAGUUUAUUAUGUCGGAAUCUUGACGCGUGCGCGCGCAGUAGUAAAUUCUUGACGUCCGAAUUGCAGCCACGGAGCAAGGAUGUCUGUGAAGAUGACACGCUACCGUGCUGCAGAGUUUGUGGACGAGGACACAAGUUCUAUGGGGAGCAUCCAUAUGGCGGCAGGUAGCAAUAAUUCGCCAUCAUCCAUCCAUAUUCGCUAUCACGCGGCGCGCCAGAGUGUGUGGAGUGUGCUAUGGCGUUCGCGUAGCCAGCUCGAGCGCUGGCUUCUCCUAAGCGGCAGUGCGAUGCUAAUAGCGUUCCUGACCAUUCUUGUAUGUAUAACUCGUCGGGACGCAUCACCACGUGUACUGCACGUAGAGCCACCGUCAGGACCGUGUCUCUCUGCUAAUUGUAUUCACGCGGCUAGUGCCAUAUUACGCGCAAUGGAUCUCGCUGCCGAUCCCUGUGAUGACUUUUACGGUUACGCGUGCGCUCAGUGGAUCAGGCGCAACCCUAUUCCUGAUGGAAAGAGCAUUUGGGGCACAUUCGGCGUUCUUGAGCAACAAAACCAGCUGGUGCUGAAAAACGCCCUGGAGCGUCCCGAGGACCAACUAGCGUCGAAAGCGGAACGCAAGGCAAAGCUCUACUAUAAGUCAUGUUUAGACGAGGACGAGACUAUGGAGAAACGCGGAGCGGAACCCUUGCAGCGCCUAAUCCGCCUGGUGGGUGGCUGGAAUGUAACAGCAAGUGGUUGGAACGCAAGCAUGUGGACUUUGCAGCGAAGCUUACAGAUCUUACAGAAUCGUUAUAACAUGGGCGGCCUAUUUGGUUGGGCUGUGGGAGAGGACGACCGCAACAGCUCACGUCAUAUUAUUCAGAUUGAUCAAGGUGGUUUAGCUUUGCCCACACGCGAUAACUACCUUAACCGCACAACCCACGAGCGUGUUCUGACAGCCUAUCUAGAUUACAUGGUGCGCGUGGCUGUGCUACUUGGGGGCGAUGAGAUUGAUGCAAAGCUGCAAAUGUCACAGGUGAUCGAAUUUGAGACUCGUUUGGCGGAGAUAACAGUACCACAAGAGGAUCGUCGUGAUGAGGAAACGAUAUAUCACCAAAUGACCCUAGCGGAGCUACAAGCACGCGCACCUUUUUUAGAUUGGCGGAGUCACUUCGAAGAUGCCUUGCGUCUCGUGAAGCGUAAAGUUACAGAGAAAGAGCAUGUGGUUGUGUAUGCGCCUGAAUAUCUGGAAAAACUUAGUCACCUCGUAUCAAACUAUAGCGCCACGUUAAAAGGAAAAGUGAUUCUUAACAAUUACCUUGUUUGGCAAACUGUGCGCUCCUUCACGUCUUGUCUCAGCAAAGCAUUUCGCGAUGCAUAUAAGGGUCUCCGAAAAGCUUUGAUUGGUUCCGAAGGAGGCGAAGAACCUUGGCGCUAUUGUAUAACUGACACUACGAACGUAAUCGGUUUUGCGAUGGGUGCCAUGUUUGUUCGUGAAGUUUUCCACGGCGAGGCAAAGCCACAGGCUGAGCAAAUGAUUGAAACAGUGAGGAAGGCGUUCAAGAACAAUUUUGGUCGACUAGGUUGGAUGGAUGAACGAACACGUGUAUUGGCACGUGCAAAGGCAGAUGCUAUUACAGACAUGAUCGGUUUUCCCGAUUACAUUCUCGAUCCCGAUGCAUUGGACACCAAGUACCGUGACUUAGACAUAGACGGCAGCAAGUAUUUCGAGAACAACCUCCGCGUAAACAUGUACAACCUCAAACGUAACCUCGAGAAAUUGGAUCAACCUGUCAAUAAGACACGCUGGGGCAUGACGCCAUCCACAGUUAAUGCUUACUACACACCCACGAAGAAUCAGAUUGUAUUUCCCGCAGGAAUUUUACAACCACCCUUUUUUGAUGUGAACAAUCCACGCAGUUUAAACUAUGGCGCUAUGGGUGUCGUUAUGGGUCACGAGCUCACGCACGCUUUUGAUGAUCAGGGCCGUGAAUAUGACAAGGAUGGUAAUUUACAUCAAUGGUGGGCCAACGAGACCAUUGAACGCUUCAAGGAGCGCGCAGAAUGUAUGCGUAGACAGUAUGCAUCUUAUCGUGUGUCGGGACGUGCUCUCAAUGGUCGCCAAACACUAGGAGAAAACAUUGCUGAUAAUGGCGGCCUCAGAGCAGCUUACCACGCUUUUAUGUCACAACCGGAAGAGCGCCUGGCGCUUCCAGGACUCAAUCUUACCCAACGUCAGCUCUUUUUUGUUGCAUUUGCUCAGGUGUGGUGUUCUGCUGUAACAGAUGAGACAGUUCAUCUCCAGAUUGAAAAGGACCCUCAUUCCCCACCACGCUUCCGCGUAAUAGGGCCUCUGGCAAACAUGCCCGAGUUCGCUGCAGAGUUCUCAUGUCCACUGGGCAGUCCCAUGAACCCAGCGCACAAGUGCCAGGUGUGGUAAACUUAUCGGCAGAUAAAAAUUUAUUGUAUCUAUAAUGUAACACUGUGAUAAGGUUAGUAUGAGUAAAGGUAUAUGACUCAGUUUGACUUCCAAGCAUUCAAACUUAAAAAAUGUUUCUUUCUGUUCCACACUAUUUCCAAUUUCCCAGAAAAAUACCACAUUGGGCUAAGAAAAAAUCUAGCAGUGUGUCUUUAAAAAUAUACGUCACAUAGACACCAGUGUAUGAAAGAAUGUAUAAGUGAGUGGUAAUGUAUUCGUUUCUGCGCAAAUUAGGCAGAACUUUUAACUAUUUUCUAUUAAUAUACAACUUGAUAUACAGUGUUCGAUGUUUUUAAAUUAUAUGGAAAUGAGACACGUGUGUUGUUAACCGAUGACACCCCCAAAAAUUUGUACACGCUUUGCCAAAAAAUUUAACGAGUAAAGUGUAAAACAAAAUUCUUCUGGAAGUGCGAAAAUUUUGUGUAAGAACUGAAAAGUGACAUUAGACGCCAUUUUAUUGUACCGUACAAGACAAAAAUCUUCAAUAAGAGAUUAAGUUUAGAUUAGAUUAUUUAUUCCACUCAGUGUUUAGUGUAGGCCAACCCUUUUCCUUCGGCCAUCGCUGUUUUCGCAUUGAUACUCACCUGAAGGACUAAACUAUGGAAACUUCUUCCAUCGGUUGCAACUUUUAAGUUAUUCGCAUUAAUUUUUCCCGAAAUCUACUUGACAUUCCUAACUACCGCCUGGAAAGCUGGAAUAUAUUAGAUCAUGAUUUUCUGAUAUUUUUAGUUCGAGGUAUAUUUUUUCUUUGAUCGAAGAUUAUAAAUAGACUAAUUUACAUUUUCCAGCAACUUCUUUACCAGUUGAACGCUAAUGGGAAUGACCACACAUAUGUAUAAUCAAGUUUAAGUCUGUAGCUGAAACACAGCCUAUCGCAAGGCCCAUUGAUGCCUGGUGCCACCAGCGGUAAGUCGGAGAAGUUGAAUCUCACUUUUAUAG